AACAAUGUAGUCGCGGCUGUGACGUCCUCUUUCCACGCUGUCAUAGGGACGAUUGGAAUUUAAAGUCCAACAUCCAUCGCUAAUCUACAAUGGCCGAGGAAGGCAUCGCUGCCGGAGGUGUGAUGGAUGUGAACACCGCCCUGCCUGAAGUGCUGAAGACGGCACUCAUCCACGAUGGGCUCGCUCGCGGUAUCCGGGAGGCCGCCAAGGCUCUGGAUAAGCGUCAGGCUCAUCUGUGCGUCCUGGCCGCCAACUGCGACGAGCCCAUGUACGUCAAGCUGGUAGAGGCCCUCUGCGCCGAGCAUCAGAUCAACCUCAUCAAGGUUGAUGACAACAAGAAGCUCGGUGAGUGGGUCGGUCUGUGCAAGAUCGACCGUGAGGGCAAACCCCGCAAGGUGGUGGGCUGCAGCUGUGUGGUCGUUAAGGAUUAUGGCAAGGAGUCUCAAGCCAAGGAUGUCAUCGAGGAGUACUUCAAGUCAAAGAAAUAAGGGAUCUAAUAAAAGAUUUUGAAGGAA